AUGGAGCUUCAACCUUUUGCUAUGUGCUCGUUGAUGCAGUUCUUCACUAGUAUCUCCUUUGAAACACUCUGUUUUUCCCUCGCCAUUAUGACCAUCAUGAUUCUCAUUACUUUUUCAUCUCUCACAUCUUUUUUGCCCAAGAUGAACAUGUUCUUUUGUAGCUGUGAAAUAUGCCAAACUUAUCUCACUUCGAAUUGGUCCAUAAACUUCGACAAUCUUUGUGAUUGGUAUUCUCACCUUCUCCGAAACUCACCAAGCAAAACCAUCCACAUACACGUGCUUGGAAACACCAUCACCGCCAACCCCGAAAACGUAGAGUACAUGCUCAAAACAAGGUUCGAGAAUUUCCCAAAAGGCAAAGCCUUUUCCACAAUCUUGGGUGAUUUUCUAGGGCGAGGGAUUUUCAACGUUGAUGGUGAAUUGUGGAGCUUUCAGAAGAAGAUGGCAAGUUUGGAACUCAGCAAGAAUUCGAUAAGAUCCUUUGCCUUUGAGGUUGUCAUGUUCGAAAUCCAGCAUCGACUUGUUCCUCUUCUAUUUUCAAAGCAAAACCAUGUUUUGGAUUUGCAAGAUGUUUUUAGGAGAUUUUCAUUCGACAGCAUUUGUAAAUUGUCUUUCGGGUUGGACCCUAUGUGCCUAGAGUUGUCUUUGCCUAUAUCAGAUUUUGCUAUUUCCUUUGACGUGGCUUCAAAAUUGUCCGCGGAAAGAGCCAUGUCGGUGUCCCCUCUAAUUUGGAAGAUCAAGAAGUUGCUCAAUGUGGGUAGCGAGAAAAGGCUACAAGAAGCGGUUACAAUGAUCAAUAUCUUAGCCAAAGAGGUCAUAAGACAAAGAAGAAAAAUGGGGUUUUCUAAUCACAAAGACUUAUUGUCUCGUUUCAUGAAUAGUGUCAAUGAUGACACGUACUUGAAAGACAUUAUCAUAAGUUUCUUACUAGCUGGCCGUGACACUGUGGCUUCGGCUCUAACUAGUUUUUUCUGGCUAUUGGCAAAGCACCCAGAAGUGGAGUCAGCGAUUCUUCUAGAAGCAGAGGAAGUAAUUGGACAAGACAAGGAGUUAACAAGCUUUGAACAGCUUCAACAAUUGCACUAUUUACAAGCGGCAACAUAUGAGAGCAUGAGACUGUACCCCCCAAUUCAAUUUGAUUCCAAGUUUUGCUUAGAGGAUGAUGUGUUGCCUGAUGGGACAUUGGUGAAGAGAGGGACUAGGGUUACUUAUCAUCCACAUGCAAUGGGUCGUUUGGAGGAAAUAUGGGGUUCGGAUUGUUUUGAAUUCAAGCCUGAAAGGUGGUUGAAGGAAGGGGUGUUUUGCCCUCAAAAUCCGUUUAAGUACCCGGUCUUUCAAGCGGGGGUUAGGGUGUGUUUGGGCAAAGAAAUGGCUCUUUUGGAGCUGAAAAGUGUGGCUCUUUCAUUGCUUAGACGGUUCCACAUCCAACUAGUGGAACCACAUCAUCGUACCCCGCGUUUCUCUCCUGGCCUCACAGCCACUUUUAGUGCCGGACUUCCCAUAAAGGUACGAGAAAAACGAGUUAUCCAACACCCUCCCCCACCUCUUCUAUCAUAA